AUGGCUUCUUCAAAGCUUAGGCAUUCUUGUUCCUUUCCAAUUCUACUUCUUUCUUUUCUAAAUUUCAUUCUGUUCAUUCUCUCUGCAGCUUCUGUAGCUCCAAUAGUUGUACUCAAAACACCACCAACUUCACUUGGUUGGGCUUUUCUCAUGGUUUCUUCCAUUUCACUUCUUUCUUGUUUCAUUGGUUUUUACUCUCAGCUAACUCAUUGUUGCUUCAUAACACACAUCUCCCUUCUCUUGGCGUCGUGCAUUGGCCAAUUACUCGGCAUUUUAGCCUUGUUCACUAAAGAAAAAUCGAGUCUUUCGAUACUGAAAUCGCCAAGAGACCCUAGAGAAGCAAAAGUUUUGGUGAGAUUGGAAUGUGGGGUUUUAAUGGCUAUGUUUGUAAUGCAAUUGGGAGUUUUGGUUUUGACUUGUGCAGUGCAGAGUUGUUGGGUGAGAGAUUAUGAAGGUUUAGAGGCAGAAAGAGAGGCAUGGUCAAGGAAGAGGAAUCAGAGAAUAGCUAAAGUUCAAGAAGAGUCAAUGGCAAAUGCAACCAAGAUUUCUGAAAUGAAAGCUAAGGAGUUGGAUGAGAAGAUUAAGAACAAGUAUGGACAGUGGGUUAAAACUGAUUUUGAAGGUUAA